GUAAAAUUUAUAUCAAGAUGAAAGAGAAAGAGAAAGAAAAAAGUCAUAUUCAAAAAAUUAUUGAUGUCUCCACUCCAAGCCAGGUCUUCUGCCUUGCCAUAACACUGAUAAUAUUGGGUUACAUCCCGAAGUUGAUUCACAGUUGACAUUCCUACACUAGAUUUAGAAGGUUAGAAAAACCAGAAUACACACAUGAAUCACUCGAAGACUUCUGGAUGGUAAUCCCUUGCUCAAUAGUAUUGAGAUCCUUGAAAAUCUUUCUGAACAUGUACACAAGAGACUUCUUUAAAAGAAAACUUGAACAUAAGUAUUCAGGAGAUGAACUUGACAGGAAAAUCAAAAAGUGAGUUAAGGGGGCCUUUAAAGUAACCUUCUUCAGCUUUACCUUCCUUUUUGGACUGUUCAAAGUCUUGAGAAUGACCAACUUUGGUCCCAACAUGAUGCUUGGAGGAGGAGAACUACUAUAUACUUUAGGUGAUUGGCCAUUUAUACCAAUGCCGCCAGCUUUGAAGUUCUACUACAUGCUGUCCUUGAGUUAUUAUGUGGAAGAUGGAAUAGUCCAUAUGUUCAUGCCCCCUAAUUAUGAUUAUUGGGAGAUGAUUCUUCAUCAUGUCAUUAGUGCUAUGCUGAUUUUCUCAUCUUAUAUGAGUGGCUUCUGGUGUAUCGGAAUCUUCGUCCUCAUCCAGAUGGACUUUGAGGACAUUACUGUAGGCAUCAUCAGAGUUGUUAUGGAUUUCGCAUCAAUUCCUAUUUUGGCAGUUCUCUAUGUAAUAUUAAUGUCAGGGUGGUUCUAUUUCAGAUUUGUUUGCUAUACUCUUUGUGUUCUUUGGCCAUUUGCAAUGGGAGCCAGGACCGCAGUAGAUAAUUACCCUGAUGUUGUCACUGUGAUCGCUAUCUUACUAGUGACUCUUUUAGGCCUGAAUAUCUAUUGGUUCGUCCUUCUGCUUAAGAUGGGGCUUACCUUAGUUAAAGGAAAGCCAAAAGAUUUGCAACAUGUUGUUUCAAAGAAAGAAAUGGAAGAAGAAAAUUAGAAUUUGGCAAUUUAAGCUUAACCUUUCAUGAUAAAAAUAGGAAUUUCUUUAAAUUUAAGUUCUAAUUAAGGCUUUUAUUGUGAAGGAAUGCAUUCCCGUUGGUCUCUUUGAGAAAACCUCAUUUUUAAUG